AUGACGCACUUUACUGAUACCGGUAGCAGUCCCGGUAGCAGUCCCGGUAGCAGUCCCGGUAGCAGUCCCGGUAGCAGUCCCGGUAGCAGUCCCGGUAGCAGUCCCAGUAGCAGUCCCAGUAGCAGUCCCGGUAGCAGUCCCAGUAGCAGUCCCAGUAGCAGUCCCAGUAGUAGUCCCAGUAGCAGUCCCAGUAGCAGUCCCAGUAGCAGUCCGAGUAGCAGUCCCAGUAGCAGUCCCGGUAGCAGUCCCAGUAGCAGUCCCGGUAGCAGUCCCGGUAGCAGUCACAGUAGCAGUCCCAGUAGCAGUCCCAGUAGCAGUCCCGGUAGCAGUCCCAGUAGCAGUCCCGGUAGCAGUCUCGGUAGUCCACCUUCCCUCGCCUCCCCUCACUCUUCCCUCACCUUCCCUCACCUUCCCUCACCUUCCCUCAAAUUCCCUCACCUUCCCUCACAUUCUCUCACCUUCCUUCACCUUCCCUCAUUUUCCCUCACAUUCUCUCACCUUCCUUCACCUCCCCUCACCUCCCCUCUCCCCCCCUCACACAAGCGCCGUUCAUUAAAUCCUAACAGAUUAAAUCCUCUUGCCGCCCUGUUCAAGUGGAGGCCACAAGCCAAGUGA